AUGUCGACGGCACAGCGUGGUAGACACUACAGCUUCGAAUCUGUUCGCUACCCAUCCAACGCCAGCCAGCCUAGCCUCUCUCACAGCUUCGCCACCCAUACCGAGUCGACUUCCUCUUCUGUCUGUAGGCCUGAUUUCGGCGACCAUCCGCACAACAUGUCUCAAAGUGACUGCGGCGCCAGCUUUGUCUCUGAAGUGCCGGCUUCCUAUGACGACACUUCUGACAUCGACGAGGUGCCGAUUCCCAACCAUUCCAAGCCAACGCUGAUCAAGUUUGUCGAGCCUGUGGUGCAUCGUGAUCCUUCACAUGGUCAGCCACGUCUGACGGGGAUGAAGAAGAAAAAGAUGCAGCGUCAGAAGGCAGCCAAGGACGACGACAUGGACAUCCACCACCUGCCCUUGCUCGGCUUUUCCGAUGCACGUACCAGAUAUGGCGACGUUGACGCUCUGUCCAAGGAUACACUCACCUUUCCCGGCGUUCCUCCACGAGAGGCGGACAACACGCCCCAGCACGAACAAUGGAACAUUGACGCGAUUGAUAUUGCGCUCGAGGACUUGGUGCUGGACAAGGGCAAGACAAGAUCGACCGCGAUCAGGGGUGGCGCAGCUCACUCGGUGCUCGACGAGGCACAGCAGGAAGAGAGACCGUAUAGACGCUCUCUCGCUCAAAGUGACGCAAGACGUGCAAAAUACCUUCCCCCUCCUCCUCUCGAUGCACCUCUACCACCACUACCACCACUCCCCUCUCCAUCGACGGUGAGUCAGGACAGUGCGGCGCCUUCGGCAGAUGACAAGGUGGCUGGCUUGCGUCCUAGUCACGAACAUCCUCUCACCGAGACAGCCGCCAACGUUGUGCAGCCUGCCUCGAUCAAGAGCAUGGCGGCACUGCGAAACACCGGCAGGUCACCCGCAGACAGCGACGACGACGUGUUUGCCUUUCGACCACCCAGUCAGCCCCAUGAUGGCGACAAAGUCCUUGGCGCUGUACCUGCAUCUCGUCCGCUCCAAAGCACCAAAGUGCGACACAAUUCUAUGGCUUCGUCCAACCAGAGCAGCUUGCGCGACAUGGACCCGCGUGAGAUGUUGCAGCGCGCACGUGCUCAAGCGCUCAGCUGUGGUCUCGACGCCGAGAUUGGUCACUCACUCGAUCUUGAAGCUGAAGACUUGGAUGCGGCAAGGAGCAGCACCAGCUAUAGCGUCCAAGCCGAAGACCUGCCGCCUCUUCUCUCAAACCACUACUUGCAAGGCCACGUAGACCAAACGGAGUACGAACGUCUCAACCGACUACCCGAACGAAGGCAAGCUGUAGCAGCAGCUGCUGUUGCUGCUGCCGCCGCUGCCGCGUCUGGCAGCCACCGACUCUCUCACAAGCAUCUUGCCAAACACAAAAAGGGAGCCGGCACCGUGUCGUUGGUGAAGCACUAUGAACCCAUCAGCAUCCUCCGUGCAGAAGCAGCGUUCCUCAAGGAAGACACGAAGAAAUCCGACAAGCCGAAGAAGGACCGUCUGUGGGCUGCGUCCAGCACAACUAACGCUUCUUGUUCGGACGUCUCGAGCGUCUCGGAUAGCCAGCAGAGGUUGAAGUCGUUCAAAUCGUCGAUACGGCUCAAGAACUUGAAGUAA